AUGACAGAAGGUGAGCAAUUGAUUAUGAAUGGAAAGAGAAGUGCUUCUACAGACAUUGAUAAUUUCCCUUUAAGUUCGUUGCAACGGUCGUCACAAUCACAAGCGCAAACACAAUCACAUUCAGAAUCAGAAUCACAACAGCCUAUAAAGAAAUUGAAGACCGAAGAUAUUGAAGAAACCCAGGUUAGUGUGAACCACGGCAAUGACGAGACAAUCGACACUUGUAAACGGUUUCGUGACGUUUUGAAGCCAAUUAUGCCUAUUCUUCCAAUCAAAAUCUAUCAGGAUCAAUUGACAAAGAAGUAUAUCUUACCAAAAUUUGAAAGAGGUGACAUGUUAAAUGCAAGGCUGUUUCUUAAGUUUUAUGGCCUGCGAAAGUUUCUCGACUCAUAUCUACCAGAACAGUUGAACACGCUAUAUUUGUACCAUAUAAUAAAACUGUUGGGUUUCGAGAUCAACGAUUCUUUCUUAUUGACCUCCAUAUAUAAGGUCAUUGAGACAGAUAAUUCGAAAAUAGAGCAGUUUUUCGAAGAAAAUAAAGGUAAACUAGAUGAAAAUUAUGAAAGAUUAUUAAGAAAUAUUGCAGAUAAUGAAUCCGGAGACCCACUAGGUAAAAAACAUGCUGUUCGUUUAGUCAAGGACUUACAAAAAGCUGUUAAUAAAAUUCUUUGUACGAGAAUAAGGUUAUCUAAUUUUUCAUCUCCAAUGGAUUUUGUCAAUAGAUUAAAAGAAGCCAAAAAUAUUCUAGUAUUGACAGGCGCAGGUGUUUCUACAUCUCUGGGGAUCCCUGAUUUCAGAUCAUCAGAAGGUUUUUACUCCAAAAUCAAAUAUUUAGGUUUAGAUGAUCCUCAAGAUGUAUUCAAUUUUGAUAUAUUCAUGCAAGACCCAUCGGUAUUCUAUAAUAUCGCUCACUUGGUAUUGCCUCCAGAUAAUAUUUGUUCUCCAUUACAUAGUUUCAUUAAAAUGUUACAAGACAAAGGAAAAUUGUUGAGAAGUUACACCCAGAACAUCGAUAAUCUAGAAUCAUAUGCUGGCAUUAAACCUGAAAAGUUAGUGCAAUGCCAUGGUUCUUUUGCUACGGCAUCAUGUGUCACCUGUCAUUGGCAGUUGCCAGGUGAAAAGAUUUUUAAUAGUAUUAGAAAAAUGGAACUACCACUAUGUCCAUAUUGCUACCCAAAGAGAAAAGAAUAUUUCCCAACUGAAGUUGUCACAGAAACUGAUAGUUCGGAAAAGAUAUUUAGUAUUCCAAGCCAAUUCGAUUCAGAUAUGGGUCGUUUCAGUACUUUCAGUUACGUACAAAAAUCUUGCGGUGUUUUAAAACCUGAUAUAACUUUUUUCGGUGAAGCAUUGCCAUCGAAAUUCCACAAGACAAUUCGAAAAGAUAUUUUGGAAUGUGAUUUACUGAUAUGUAUCGGUACUAGUUUGAAAGUCGCUCCCGUUUCAGAAAUUGUUAACAUGCUUCCUGCACACGUUCCACAAGUUUUAAUAAAUAAAGAUCCAGUUAAACAUGCAGAAUUUGAUAUAUCAUUUUUAGGAUUAUGUGAUGACGUUGUAGCCUACAUAACUGAACUUUGUGGAUGGGAUAUACCGCAUAAAUCAUGGCCUACAUUGAAAAAUACUAAAUUCAAUUGUAUCGAAAAUGAUAAAGGUGUUUAUGCGAUUGCCCCAGAGGAAACUCCUAAAUAA